UAACCAAGAAAAAAAUGUUACGUUCAAAAUCAAGAUCUGGGUCCAUUGAUUUUGGACAAAAAAGUUAUUCUUCAAGAUUUUCAAGAACAUUUUCUGCAUCAAAGCUUUGUAGAGGUGAUGCUUUGGGUUGUCAAAUUGAUUCAAACGCUGUCGUUUCUAUUGAUAGAAAAAAGCCCUCCAAGAUUGACAAUUUAAUUGAGAAUCAAGUGAAUAAUAGAGUUUUGGUUAUGAAAGAGCAAAUGGGACUUGUUGAAGAGGAGUUGAAGGAAACAAAAGAGCAAUUAGAUUUUGUUGAAGGUGAAAAAAAUAGAGCAAUUCUUGAAAUUAGAGAAAUGAAAAAGUUGGCUAAUGAAGGAUUAUCACCUAAAAGGGCAGGGGAACUAAUUGCAGAACUUAAAGUUUUGAGGGAAUUUCAUUCAAAAACACAAGAAGAUUUGAAGAUUAAAGAUAAGAAUAUCGAGUCGUUGAAGGUGGAACUCGAAAGGGUGAAGAAAUAUGAGGUUAAAUUAGCUGAAAAAGAUGUCGUGUUAGGAGGAUUGAGAGAGGAGAUUGGUCGUGUUAAAGCGUCUGAAGUUAAAGCCACGGAACAAUUGUUUGUGUUUAAGAAAAAAAUUGAAGAAUUGGAAGUUGAAUUGGAGAAUAGGAAGUUGUCUGAGUCGAAAAUGUAUGAUUCGUUUGAGUUACAGACGAGGCAGUUUGAACGUGCUAAGAUUGAACUUGAAGAAGCUAAGGUUGAGAUGGCUUCACUUCGCAAGAAGGUUGAGACGUUAGAGUUUGCUUCUGCUUCUGCUUCUUUAUCGAAGAGAAGUAAUAGUGGGCGUUUGAAUGGUUAUAAUAGCAAUGGGGAGAUUGCGAAUUCUGUGAAGAAGGAACUUGAAAGCCUUAACUCUGAACUUGCAUUGGGAAAGGAGGACGUGGCUAAUGCACAAGAGAGGGAGAAAAUUGCAUUGUCGAAGGUUAAGAAUUUGAACGACGAGAUAAAUUUGCUUAAAAAUGAACUUAAGUUUGCUAGCGAAGCAGAGGAAAAAAGCAGAAAGGCGAUGGAUGAUUUAGCGUUAGCGUUGAAGGAAGUUGCUACUGAAACCUCCGAGGCUAAGGAGAAACUUGUUGCUACUCAAUUAGAGUUAGAACAAGUGAAAGACGAGGAGGGGAAAUUGAAAGAGAUGAUCAGAAACACCGAGGCUAGGUAUCACAAGCUCUUGGAUGAGGCAAAAAAGGAAGCAGACCUAUACAGAAAUACAGCAGAGAGAUUGAGAUUAGAGAACGAGGAGUCACUUUUGGCGUGGAACGGGAAAGAAAUGGGGUUCAUCACUUGUAUAAAAAGAGCUGACGAGGAAAGAAGUUUGGCUCAACGCGAGACAGAAAGGCUUGCAGAGUCACUUAAAGCAGCCGAGUAUACGAGUAAAGCAGCCAAGGAUGAAAAGUUCAAAUUGAGGGACAUAUUGAAACAGGCUAUAAAUGAAGCCAAUGCAGCAAAAGCUGCAGCUGGUUUAGCUAGAGAUGAAAAUUCUCAACUCAAAGAUCGUCUGUCCGAGAAAGAAGAAGCCCUGCAUUUCAUCACUAAAGAAAAUGAACGCCUUAGGAUCAACGGGCAUGCAGCUUCUCAUGACAAUGUCAAUGUACCUAAUGAAAUGGUCGAGGAACGUGAAGAUGAUCAUAAAGGCAGGAAAGCUUUCAGGACUGAUCUUACAGAGCUGAAACUUGACAAAAACAAGGAUGAUGAAAAGGACGAGACACUUAAGGGAUCGAUAUUUGAUCCAACUUCAAUCACGCCAAAGUCAGAGCAUCGUACACCACAUUCAUUAUCUCAUUGUAGAAGAGCUUCUUCACCUGCCUUAGCAGACGAGGAAGGAAAACCAAAUGCAAAUCUUUUCGAGGAUUCAGAUAACGAUAGAAAUGUUAGUAGUAGAAGAAAAGCUUUGUUUCGAAAAGUUGGUGACCUCAUAAUGAGGAAAAGUUUCCAUGUUUGAGAGAGAACCAAUUUCUGAAUAGGAAAACCUUUUGUAAUAUAUAUAUAUAUAAAUACAGCUUGAAUAGUACAGUUACUGAACAAUGUUA